AUGACAAGCUCCUCCAGAUAUUGGAGACAACGAGCGAGCGAGAGAGAGAGAGAGAGAGAGAGCGCGGGGGGGCGAGGGAAACCUUGUCUGUGCGAUGACGAGGAGAUGGAUAGUUCGGGGGCUUUUGGAUCUCGCUUUCCCCUAAUUCUCCUUUUUUGGAAGCUUGCGGGAACCUAA